AUGUCUGGCGCUCGGCAUUGGGAGCAGGACAAAGAUUCGACGAUUUACAUCGGCAAUCUUGACGAGCGAGUUACCGAUGCCUUGGUCUGGGAACUCUUUCUACAGGCAGGCCGCAUCGCGAAUGUCCACCUGCCAAAGGACCGAGUUACGCAGACGCACCAGGGCUAUGGCUUUGUCGAGUUCAACUCGGAGGAAGACGCCGAGUAUGCUGCCCGAAUCAUGAAUCAAGUCAGAUUAUACGGAAAGCCCAUCAGAGUCAACAAGGCCAGUGCGGACAAGACGAAAUCGGUGGAGGUCGGCGCAGAGUUGUUCGUAGGAAACCUGGAUCCUAUGGUCGACGAGAGGAUGCUGUACGACACAUUUGGACGAUUUGGUACAUUGGUCGCUGCUCCAAAGAUUGCUCGCGACGAAAACAACUUGUCUAAAGGAUACGGGUUUGUUUCCUUCUCCAACUUUGAGUCUUCUGACGACGCCAUCGCCAACAUGAACGGCCAAUAUCUCAUGAACAAAGAAGUCUCGGUCCAAUACGCCUACAAGAAGGACGGAAAGGGCGAGAGACACGGUGACCAGGCUGAACGUAUGCUGGCGGCUCAAGCGAAAGCUCACGGCGUCCAACCUACGCCAGCCACCAUCCCAGUCGGCGGACCCCCAAUGUUUGGUGCCAUGCCCCAGACUCCUGUCACCCCUGUCGGCUUCGGACAACCGAGUGGGAACUACCAAGCCGGUCCUCCCCCUCCUGUCCAAGCAAGACCCCCUCCGCCACAAAUUGCGCCUUUGCCCGCUCCUCCGGGCGGUCUUCCCGCCCGUCCUCCUCCAAGUCAAGCGGGAUAUGGCGGACCACAGGGCUUCAUGCCCCCAGGGUUCAAUCAGAUGCCCGCGGGCUUUCCGCAACAACACACUGCUCCGCCUCCUGGAUUCGCUCCGCCUCCCGGCUUUGGCGGUCCACAGCACGGUGCUAUGCCUCCAGCUCCUCCCGCUGGGCCACCCGGUGGUUUCCAAGGAUAUGGUAUUCGGAAAUGA